CUCGCCACGCUUUUCCACAGUUUCAGCAGUUUAUUGUGUGGGAACAGCCAGGCACGACCGUUUCACGGACAGGAAUGAAAAAUAAAACAUUAAAUAAAUGGAAAUAAUGCGGUGGAAGAGAACGAUUUUGAUAAAUGUGGUGCUAGUGGUAGCCACGUCAGCGCUGCACCUCAAUGAACAUGGGAUACACUAUGAUCAAAUUAGUACCAGCCCUUCUGCCCUCAAUGAUACGUCAGAUCCGGUGCUUGCUCACACUGUAGCGCAUUCUGUAAAUCUUGCAGCGAGUGACGAAAUCAUAGAAGCAGUUGCCGAUAACGCAACAUAUGAAAAACUAUUCACGUCUACACAAUCUAACUCUUAUCCCAACAGCAAGAGCGUCUUUUAUGCAGAUGAGCCAACUGCCGACAUAGAAAAGAGGAUGGUCAUUGAAAGUUUGCACGCUAGAACUGGGGACGGUGGUAGCAACGAAAAUGGCGAAGGUGACGACAAUAAUGACGGUGACGACGAUAAUGACGAUGACAAUAAUAAUGGCGGUGACAACAAUAAUGACAAUGACGCUAGCACAGAUGAUACGUUUGUUGUGGAUACAUCGUCUGGUAAAGUACGUGGUCAUGUCUGGCGGAAAAACAACAAAAUAAUCAGCUACAUUGAUAUACAAUACGGCACGUUCAACAGUCUAUUUGAGGCUCCAGUAGCACCAAAAAGAUCAGAUUCAGUUCAUGAAAUUAAAGAACAUGCAUCUCAAUGUCCGCAGCUCCAAGAAGAUAAAGAUGUUGGAGAUAAAGAUUGUCUGACAUUGAGCAUCUUUAAACCAACUGAUGUUAAAAAUGUGAGUGUCCUAGUUCACAUUCACGAGGGCAAUUUCAUUGGAGAAAGCGCAGAUCCUGCAAUAUAUGGUCCAGAAUACUUAGUCUCAAAAGACGUAAUUUUAGUAUUACCUAAUUAUAGACUAGGACCGCUCGGAUUCCUUUGUACACAAGAUAAAACUGCCCCUGGCAAUGCAGCUUUAAAAGAUUUAUCUUUAGCUUUAAGUUGGGUAAAGACGAACAUUGAGAAAUUUGGGGGGAACCCCGAAAAUAUUGCAGUAAGUGGCAGUGGCACAGCAGGUGCGUUGGCGGGAUAUCUGGCGCUUUCUCCGAUGUCAAGAGAGAAUGUCCAUAAGGUUAUCAUAGAGAGUGGAUCAGUUUUAUCACAUUGGGCAAUAGACAGGGAUCCCAUCAGUACUGCAAGGCUUGUAGCAAGUAAAAUCGAAAAUUUUAAAUCAUUCGAGGAUGUCGAUUUGAAAAAGCUAUUGAAAGCUGCAAAAAACAUUUCAUUGAGGCCGUGUUUAGAAAAAACGGAAGAACCUUUUAUGACAGAAACGCCAUGGACAGUUUUAGAAAAAAAAGAAAUUAAAGUCCCUUUUAUGAUGGGUACCGCAAAGUUUGCUGGCGUGCAUGAAUUUAUAAGCCUGACACAAAAUAACGUUCAAGAACUCAACGAUGACGUCGGUCUUUUAUUACCAGACGAUCUACACUUUACAAGCGGCGAUGAAAGAACAAGAAUAGGCCAUAGAGUAAAAACGGAAUAUUUUGGCGAGGACGCAAUUAGCCUGAGCAGCGUGGAGCCAUUAACAUUGUAUUACACGGACGCUGCAUAUCUGGCUCCUACAAUACGCACUGCUAGACCGUUGGUUGCCUCUGGAGCGACGGUAUACUUCUAUGAAUUUUCUUUUGUAGGCAAAUUGAACAUAGAAUCGCAGGCCAUUAAAAGCACGGUAAACGGUGCAGUAAGAGGUGACAUUAUUGGUUACAUUUUCACACAAGAUGGGGUCGAGCCUGAAGAAAGUACAGACGAGCGAGCAAUGGUGGACCACCUGGUGGGAUUGUGGACCAGUUUCAUCAAUACAGGUACGCCUACGGCCACUGGCAUAACUUGGGAGAAGUUUGACAACGAGGACCCUGAUGAAGAACCGUGGCUAUCGAUCGACACUGAGGUGACUCAGUCCAAGGGCAUGCACGUGCCACGCAUGGCGCUGUGGGCUGAAAUAUACAACGAGUACUUUGUAGAAAAAAGCCUCGCCCACGGGAUGUCUCCCAGCAUCUGCACCGUGCUCGUCCUACAGGCAACACAAUACUGUGCAUUCCCACGCCUGCGCAUAAAAUUAGACUGCACGAUUGACGCGGAGGCUGGGCAACCAGCUGUAGCUGCAACUUGCCGCGGAUUCGAUUCCCGAUGGGUAGACGGCACGGUGCGGGGGUACCUCGCCUCUAACCCACCCCACUUUGCGUACUUCGGCAUCCCUUACGCACAGUCACCAACGCGAAGCGACAGGUUCAAGGAUCCCGAACCUCCUCCCAAAUGGGACGGCAUUUUUGAAGCCCUGCAUAAGAUUAAGUGUCCCCAACUUAAAGCUGAUGGGGAAGAAAAUUGCCUGGUCGUCAACAUAUUCACACCAGAAGAAAAAGCCGCUACAUUGCUGCCUGUCAUCGUAUUUGUGCACGGCGGAGAGUUUCAGAACGGGUAA